UUUAUCAGGAAUGACGUCGUAGCUUCCUUGCUUCCUUGCUUCAGAGACAGAGAGAGAGAGAGGAUUGGGGGUAACCUCAGCGGACGAUUGGCUACGGCACAAAGCAGAUCAGGGGAAUCACUAGCCUAACAACAUCUCGGCUCAGCUAAUACAAGAUGGCAGACACGAUCACAUUUCCUCCUCAAGCCUUGGACAUUCUCCAUUGGAUUGCUCGAUCUGAUCCCGAGGAGCUCACCUCGCAUAUGGUGGAGAAGUUCAACGCCUUGCUCUUCAAUCCGUAUGAGGAUCAGUCCCGAAACGUUCAGGUCCAAUUCCCGGCCUGUCUUCAAAACCCGCCGAGUUCGUGGCUGCUCAAAGAGGCCAUGGACUCGAAGGACCUCUCGGGGGCCAAGGGCGAGAGCAUCAUGGCCCCGGUUUUGAAGGAGCGACCUCAAUCCGACUGGCUGUUGCCUACCAUCAUUCACGACGACCAGCAUAAGUUCGUGUACUCGGCCGAAAACGAUCGAGUCCCUGAGAUCCCAUCCAACUCCAUGUGGCUGAGUGCCUCAUCCACGUCUUCGGAUUCCAUCAUGGAUGAUUCUAAAUCCAUCCACAGCAAUCCAUCCUCCCAAUGGCUGGCUUACCAACCCGAAUCUAGCGUUAGCGUUCCGGCUCCCCAGAAGAAGCAUCUGAUGACAAGAGAUCCGGAAAUGAGCAAGUGGCUGGAGAUCACCAAGCCAAGUCUCCCCGAGUCCCUGGAUGGAUGGCUACUGCCAACCAUCAUGGAUGUUCCAGAUCUGUCCUCCAAGGCCCCGAACCACUCCAAUAACGAUCUGGUCGAGAUGUGGCUGAAUCUGGUCACGGAUGUGGUUGAGGCAUUGGACGAGGACAUUCAUGAUUGCACUGAUGAGGUGACUGAGGGGGUUGACGACGAAGAGGAUGACAGCGAUAGCUUUGCUGUGAUCGAAUUCGACCGUCAGACCAACGACCAGACUUGGCUGCUUUGAACACCCUCAAGUCCGGAUUGAAUCAAGGCCAAGAUGCUCUUACUCAUUCCAUCGUCUCUCAUUCUCUUCAGGAGGGCUUCCCCGCUGACCCUGAACAUCUGCUUUUGUCUGCUAAAACCUCGUCUGUAGCAUUGGGAGAAAUGCACAGAUGUUGUACCCCUCAAAAAUAUGAAAAACCAAAAAAAUUGAAAAACACCCAGAAAACAUGAGAAAAAAAUACUUUUGAAACCUCGGAGUUGUCUGCAAAACUGCAACACCCCGUGCUCUUACCAAUUACCAGAUUUGACUCCUCGGAAGAGGUUCGAGGUCUGCAUGAGAAAUGCUAGCACUGAGAUCCGAAUCCACGAGGAUCAAAUUGUUUUGUAAUAAUACUUGCACAUCCAAUAAAAAUCGCCGUUCGUUUGAAUAGCACA